AUGAUGGAUCUAGCAUCCCAACUCCACGAGCAGUUCCGCCUCUGCGGAGGGCAGACGUUUCUGCCUGAGAACGAGAUCGAGACCACCCAGCGGUGUUGCGAGUCCACCGAGCAGGACCGAAUCGACUUCGACCUGCUGUUUCGCGGUCUAAACCAGGACAUCUGGGACCUGCAGCAAGAGCUGCUAGGCAACACAGUUGGAUGGUGGUGGGCCGGGGUCGCAGCAUCUCGCCUGUACGACCGCCUCGACAAGAUGAUGGACAAGAGGGUCAGGGCAUUGGCGAACGGCAGCCCCAUUCUCGUCAAGGGCUGGCCUCCGACCAUGCCAGGUCCGAUGCUGUCGAAGUGGGCGAGCGACUACGUCGCCAACUCCCCUGCACCCUCCGCGCCUCUUUCCGCAACACCUCGGGGAAGGAGGAUAAUCGCCGGGGAGACGAAGACUCAUCGCACGGCCCGCAUCCGUCUUGAGAAGCGCGAGCGUAAGGCAGCCGCUCUGGCCAAGGGUGGUGCAUAG